GCGACACAUCAGACUCCGGCCGCAGGAGACGCUUCACAAACGCCCCAACUUCCCUCGGAGGGAAAUGGAAAUAAAUCAGAAAGCGGACAUUUACUUUGACGGUUGUCCCGCCGUGACGGAAAGUUCGGGAGACGGUGUCAGCGGGGGUAACGCCCUCUCGGCUGGUCCGCCUCGGGUAUUGGCUGAAAGCAGUGAUUGACAUCGCUUCGCACCAAUGGGAAUAGCGCAGCGCGUGACUCCUCUGUUGACGGCGGUGGGGGAGGGGCUGCUCACGUGAUUAGUAGCCCAGCCGUUAAACCGACCAAGCUCGAGCUCACCAGCGCGCGGUGCACAAAAGGCCCCGGAUGAUCGGUUGAGGUUAAAAAUGACAAGGAAUUUGUCUACUGGAAUCUCGCACAGACAGUGGGGAGGGAUUCACUCGAUCAUCAGACCGACUGGCAUUCCCGUAAUUUUGCACAGGGGGGAACCCAUUCAUCUGCUCAGACAGUGGGAAUGGAUUCACUCAGUCAUCUCAACUGAAGGUACAUCAGCAAGUUCACACUGGGCAAGGCCUUUCACCUGUGGACACACCAGUCAGUUCACACUGUGCAGAGGCUGGCCAUCUGCUGAAUAUGUGGGGAAGGAUUCACUCAGCCAUCUGAACUAAUGGGUCACCAGCGAGUUCACAGUGGGGAGCGGCCAUGAACCUGCUCAGAACAUGGGAAGGGAUUCACUUCGUCGUCUCAUCUGAAGGCACAUCAGCGAGUUCACACCGGAGAAAUGCCAUUCACCUGCCCAGACUGUGGGAAGGGAUUCACUCGGUCAUCUGACCUAAUGGCACACCAGCCAGUUCACACCGGGGAAUGGCCGUUCACCUGCUUGGACUGUGGGAAGGGAUUCACUUGGUCAUCUGAACUGAAGGUACAUCAGAGAAUUCACACUGGGGAGAGGCCAUUCACCUGCUCAGUCUGUGGCAAGGGAUUCACUCAGUCAUCUCAUCUAAUGGUACAUCAGCGAGUUCACACUGGGGAGAGGCCAUUCACCUGCUCAGAGUGUGGGAAAGGAUUCACUCAGUCAUCUCAUCUGAAGCUACAUGAGCGAGUUCACACGGCGGAAUGGCCGUUCACCUGCUCGGAUUGUGGGAAGGGAUUCACUCGGUCAUCUGAACUGAACGUACAUCAGAGAGUUCACACUGGGGAGAGGCCGUUCACCUGCUCAGACUGUGGGAAGGGAUUCACUCAGUCAUCUCAUCUGAAGGUACAUCAGCGAGUUCACACUGGGGAGAGGCCGUUCACCUGCUCAGUCUGUGGGAAGGGAUUCACUUCGUCAUCGACAGUGAAGGUACAUCAGCGAGUUCACACUGGAGAGAGGCCGUUCACCUGUUCAGAGUGUGGGAAGGGAUUCACUCAGUUAGGCCACCUACAAGUACACUGGUCAGUUCACAGUGGAGAGAGGCCUUUCACCUGCUCAGACUGUGGGAAGGGAUUCACUCAGUUAUCCACCCUAAUGACCCACCGGGAAGUUCACACCAGGAAGAGGCCAUUUACCUGCUCAGUCUGUGGGAAGGGAUUCACUUUGUCAAAUCAGUUACUGAGACACCAGUUCGUUCACACUGGACAGUGGCCGUUCACCUGCUCAGACUGUGGGAAGGGAUUCACUCGCUCAUCCCACCUACAAACACACCAGUCAUUUCACACAGGGGAGCGGCCGUUCACCUGCUCAGACUGUGGGAAAGGAUUCACUCGCUCAUCCCACCUACAAACACACCAGUCAUUUCACACAGGGGAGCGGCCGUUCACCUGCUCAGACUGUGGGAAAGGAUUCACUCAGUCAUCAGAGCUACAGAGACAUCAGCGAAUUCACACUGGGGAAAGACCGUUCACCUGCUCAGUGUGGGAAAGGAUUCACUCGCUCAUCCCACCUACAAACACACCAGUCAUUUCACACAGGGGAGCGGCCGUUCACCUGCUCAGACUGUGGGAAAGGAUUCACUCGCUCAUCCCACCUACAAACACACCAGUCAUUUCACACAGGGGAGCGGCCGUUCACCUGCUCAGACUGUGGGAAAGGAUUCACUCAGUCAUCAGAGCUACAGAGACAUCAGCGAAUUCACACUGGGGAAAGACCGUUCACCUGCUCAGUGUGGGAAAGGAUUCACUCAGUCAUCCCACCUACAGAGACACCAGCAAAUUCACACUAGAAGCCAGCCAAACUUGUUUGGAAGGAAAAAGUUGGGAGUGACAACGGAGCAGCGAUGGCUGGAGUUUCUGGGAGCAAUUUGGGAGCUCAGUGAUCGAUACAUCCAAAAGAUGUGGAAACAUUGGAAAGGCAGGAGGACACAACCGUGGUUGAAAUGAGAAGCGAAAGCCAACAUAAAAGCCAAAGAGAGGGCGAACAAAAGAGCAAAAACAAUUGGGAAGCUUUUAGAAACCAACAGAAGACGACUAAAAAAAGAAGUCAGAUGAGCUCAGGGUGUGGAAUUAUGAUAUUGUAGUCAUUAGUGAGUCUUGGGAGCACCCAAUGAGGCAUUUAGAGGAACAAAAUAUCCGGGGCCUCAAUAUCUCUUGAAAACCAAGGUUUCCUGCACCAGUUAACUUUCAACUUUUAUUUUGCAGGCACAUACAAACUCUACACCCUCAAAAUUUCACUUCUGAAGGUCUCCCACUUACCAAGUACUCCUUUGCCAGAAAACAGCCUGUCCCAAACCACACUUGUCAGAUCCUUUAUGAUACUAUCAAAAUUGACCUUUCUCCAAUUUAGAAUCUCAACCCAUGGUCCAGACCUCUCUUUUUUCCAUAUUUACUUUGAAUCUCAUGGCAUUAUGAUCAAUCAUUUCUGUCACCAGCCCUGGAUCAUCAGCCUCUACAUCACACUUCUACAUCAGGAAUUCUCCGUACUGAUUAAGGGCACAUUUGAUAAACUUUACCCCAUCUAGUGCUUUUACAGUGUGGGAGUCCCAGUCAAUACAUGGAAAGUUAAAAUCACUUACUAAAUUAACUUUUGUUUCUUGGCAUGGUCUGCGAUCUCUUGACAAAUUUGUUCCUCUAAAUCCCUCAGAUUGUUGGGUGCAACCAAGUCCCCAAUAAUAGCUACAAUAUCAGAAUUCCCUGUCCUGAGCUCAUCUGGCUUUCCUACAACGCUUCUUGCAUUGUGAUAUACACAGCUCAGCACAUUCAUCGCACCAUGCUCAACCAUUUGAUUGCUGACUCUGAGGUCUGAACAACAUCUGACUGGUGUCAAGUAAACAAACUCUCCCUCAUUGUCACAAAACAUGCAUCAUUACUGUCGCAGUUUACGUUCCACUGGAUGCUAAUGUUAAAGUAGCCAUGAAAGACCUCAGUGCUGCUAUUAGCAAGCUGCAGACAUUGCAUCCAGACGGAGCUUUGAUUGUCGCUGGGGACUUUAAUCAUUGUAACCUGUGUACCGUGCUUCCAAGAUUUUACCAAAAUGUAUUACGCACCACCACGUGUAAUAAAACCUUAGAUCAUGUCUACACAAAUGUGGCUGAUGCUGACAAACUCACUACCCUCCCCCACCUGGGACAAUCUGACCAUCUUUCAUUGUAUCUGUUUCCCAAGUAUAGCCCGGUCAUUAAACGUGUGAAACCCACAAUGAAGACUAUUCAGAUCUGGCUGGAGGGGGCUGACUCUGCUCUUCAGCACCAAUUCCAGCACACAGACUGGAGCACGUUUGCUGCCCAUGCCACCACAGACUCUCAGAUUAACAUUGAUUUGUACACCAACUCAGUCCUUGAGCACAUCAACAAGUGUGUAGAUAGAGUGACAUUACAAAAACAAAUAAAAGUUUUCCCCAAUCGGAAACCGUGGAUGAACAGAGAAGUCUGCAUCCUGCUCAAAGCCAGAGAUUCAGCCUCCAUGUCUGGAGACCAGGAGGCUUACAGCUCAGCCAGGGCCAACCUGAGGAGGGGAUUCUCUCAGGCUAAACACAUAAACAAACAGAGAAUCAAGGAGCAUUUCAACUCCUGGGACCCCCGGCGCAUGUGGCAUGGCAUACAGGUCAUUACAGACUUCAAACCUCCUAGUACUGUGCCCCCUUCCAGCUCUGCUUCCCUCCCUGAUCAGCUCAAUUACUUCGAUGCUCAUUGAUGAAGUUUCAGGGAAUGGGGGAUUCUCAGAUCCCUGUAAACAAUGAAUUAAGUACUGACUAUGUCUGUGGCUGCAGUGUGUUCGAAUAAUGUCUCACAGCUGCUUUCUUUGGAGCAAGAUAAUGUUUAAGGUUCGCCCAGAUCCACAUGAUGGAAAUUAGACAGAACAUUCCCUUUUAUUUAAAGCAUAAAUUUGACGGAUGUUCUUCUCUUUGUAAUUAAGUUGUGGCUCCAGCAAACCAGGUAGGACAUUCUUUUCUUUAAUUAAGGUGGCUGAUUGAUUGUUCUUUGUAUCAGUAGUACAUUGACUUGGCCGGAGUGGUUAUCAGACUGAUUGUCCUUUUGUAUCGGUGGCCUUAUAACUUCUGACAAUUCUGACAUCAGGCAGUGAACUUGUUGAACCGCCAGGGAGACGAGAAAGAUUUUCUCCCUCAUGUCGGGUCCAAGUUCACUCGUCGGCUAAGCUCGAAGAAAUAAACGGGUGAAAAAUAAGUAACGAUCUUAUUGUGCUGUCGUUAAUUGA